AUGGGACGUUUAUUUAUUGAACAUUUGGGCGGUGAGAGGGUGUUCGUUUGUCAUUGUCAGACACCUCUUACUAGUAGGGAUGAAAUCCUUAGUACUAGAUUUACUGGAUCAACUGGUCGUGCCUUUUUGUUCAACCGCGUGGUGAAUGUAACAUUUAGUGAAAUGCAAGAUCGUGUCAUGAUAACUGGUCGCCAUCUUGUUCGUGACGUCCUCUGUUUAACGUGUAAAACCAAGCUGGGGUGGAUGUACGAAUACGCCAUGGAGGAGAGUCAACGCUACAAAGAGGGCAAAGUUAUCCUUGAGGAGGCGCUCAUUUUCGAAGUAAAAGAAUUUGCGGAUCCCGCGUCUGAGGACGAAGAGGAACUCUUUUCACUUCAGUGGGACCUAUAG